AUGUACACUGAUCAUCAGUGUGCACUGAUGAUCAGUGUGCCCUGAUGAUCAGUGUAGCCCCAGCAGUGCCAUCCUGUCAGUGUCCAUCAGUGCCUUGUGUCAGUGCCCAUCAUGCCACAUCAAUGCCACAUAUCAGUGCCCAUCUAAGCUGCCUUUCAGUGUCACCCAUCAGUGCCAGUCAGUGCCACCUAUCAAUGCCAAUCAGUGUCACCUAUCAGUACCGCCUAUCAGUGCCAUGUAUCAGUGCUGCCUUUCAGUGCCCAUCAGUGAUGCCUGUCAAUGCUCAUCAGUGCCUCCUCAUCAGUGCCCAUCAGUGCCACCUAUCAGUGUCAAUCAGUGCAGCCUAUCAGUGCCCAUCACUGCAGCCUCAUUAGCGCACAUCAGUGA